AUGGCGUAUCUACACGGAGGGGCUUACGUCUCGGGUGGCGCGGACCUGGAUUGUUACCAACCAACUGGCCUAGUGGAGAGAGGUGUCGUCGGCGUCAACAUCUCCUAUCGACUUGGAGUCUUCGGAUUUCAGCCAAUCCCAGAUAUCGCUCCCGCAAAUCUUGGGUUGCUGGACCAGGUGGAAGCUCUUCGCUGGAUCAAGGAAAACAUAGCUGCGUUCGGCGGCGACCCUGACAACGUCACGCUGUUUGGACAAUCCGCCGGAGCAGGUUCCAUCUAUUGUCUUUUGCUUGCAGAAGGGACUGAUGGCCUAUUUCACAAAGCCAUAUUACAAAGUGCGCCUCUGGAGAUAUGGACGCCAGACCGUGAAGAGAUGGUUUGGUCGUUGGGCCGCCUUGCCCAAGAAAGACUCGCGACCGAUACCAGGCCAAGGAGUUCCCAGGAGAUGCUAUCUCUACAGACUGAGCUUCUGCUCACUGCUACGGGACAGUUGCCGUUCGGCCCGCUUAUGGGGCAUGAACCAUUACCCAACCAUACAGAUGUACCUGAGAAGCUCCGCCUCGUAGCGCAGCGAAUACCCAUCAUGCUUGGAUACACGAAGAAUGAAGGCGUCCCAUUCGUCCGAAUGAACAAGACCCUGCGUCCUUAUAUUAAUCUGCCUUUGAUUGGACAGUUCAUCGAGCGACUUGCAGCUUGGUUCGUUUCUGGAAAGGUGUUCAUAUGGCUCACCGAUCGCCUCCACAAGCAAUACUUGGAGGCGGAGGGUCAGGCAACACUCUACCGCUUCCAGUGGCACCCUUCACAUAGCUCACUGCGGGCGGCCCACUGCAUCGAGCUACCGUUCCUCCUUGGUUCAUGGGAUUCAUGGAAAUCUGCACCAAUGAUAGGAGGAGAAGCAUCUCAAGACGCUGUGGACGGUUUAGGUGACAGACUCAAAGAUAUCUGGGUGGAGUUUGCCAACCAUGGAAACGACAAUACUCAGGGGUUCACAGUCACCGGCGACGAGACAAAAUGGAACAUUGUGAAUCAUUGA